UAACUCAACAUUCAGCAGAGAAAAACCAAUGACAAGUCAAACACUGUGUCAAACCUACUUAGGGUGGGUUACUCUUUCAUACAUAAUCUAAAUAUAUAACAGAUGGUGAACAUAAGUUUUGGAUUAAUUUUUGUUUAAAUAUGGCCCACAAGACACGACUCCUCAAUGGUGGCAAAAACCUGGUCCGAAAUUUAGUGUUGGGCAGGUCAGUAAGCACAUCAAGCAAGCGGAAGACUACUCUGCUAAAACAACUGCUCAGCUCACCACAACUCGCCUUCCUCAUGGAAGCACACUCUGGCCUGAGCGCUCGCAUUGUGGAGGAAGCAGGGUUUCAUGGCAUAUGGGGCAGUGGACUGUCCAUCUCAGCCCAACUGGGUGUCAGGGAUAGCAAUGAAGCUUCGUGGACACAGGUCCUGGAAGUGGCCGAGUUCAUGGCUGAUGCAACACACAUUCCCAUCCUCCUAGAUGCAGACACAGGCUUUGGAAAUUUUAACAAUGCACGAAGACUUGUGCGUAAGUUGGAAGACCGUGGCAUUGCAGGCUGCUGCAUUGAAGAUAAAUGCUUCCCAAAGACAAACUCUUUAUUAGAUGGAAGACAACAACCACUAGCAGACAUUCAAGAAUUUACACUUAAAAUUAAGGCUUGUAAGGACCACCAACGAGACCCAGAUUUCUGUGUAGUGGCGAGAGUUGAAGCCUUCAUUGCUGGCUGGGGCCUGCAAGAAGCUCUAACUAGAGCAGAAGCUUACAGAAAUGCUGGUGCUGAUGCCAUUCUCAUUCACAGCAAGAAGUCUGACCCCUCUGAUAUUGAAGCUUUCAUGUCUCAGUGGGGAAACAAGUGUCCAGUUAUGAUUGUUCCAACUAAGUACUUCAAAACUCCAACAGAACACUUUAAAGAACUUGGCAUCUCAACUGUAAUCUGGGCAAACCAUAACCUCCGAGCAUCUGUCAGUGCUAUGCAGAAUACCUGUCAUCAGAUCAUGUCAGAACAGUCUCUGGUGAAUAUUGAAAGCAAGGUAGCCAGCAUAACAGAAAUUUUCAGACUACAACAAGAUCAUGAGCUAAGAGCAGCUGAAAAUUUGUAUCUGCCAAAGAAAUAGCCAACUGACAGGAGCUGCUAUGCUUGUUAAAAUCAAGAAGAUACCAAUAAAGCUGAUUAUUUGAAAUCAGAAUAUAAAACAAACGAUUUAACAUGAAAAUAUAUAAUAUCCAUA